AUGGCUCCUCGCAAAGCGUUGGCUCUGGCCUUGCCAGCCGCAGCCCUUGCAGCCGCGCCUUUGUUCGUCACUCCGGGCAGCGUGCCUCGUGCAUCACAGCCUUCGCGUGGACAGCCCGUUCAGGACACUGCUCGCUCCAGCUCGAUCUCUGCAUUCACUGCAGCUGGCUCUGCGGCGGCAGUCGCCGUGGUUGCUGCCUCCGCACGCAGCAAGAACACGAAGGUGGUCAGGCAAUUCUUUGGUGGCGAGUCGACGUCAGCAGCAUCCUUCGAUCCGGCAAAAGAGCUUGGUGUCCAAGAUCCAGUGGGCUUCUGGGACCCACUCGGAUUGAGUGCGGACAAGGAUGAGGCUACCUUCAAGCGCCGUCGCGCUGUCGAGAUCAAGCAUGGCCGCAUUGCGAUGUAUGCUACGAUGGGGUAUAUUGUGCCUGAAUAUUUCAAGUUCCCUGGUUAUCUCUCGCCAUCUUUGGGUUUGAAAUUCAGCGACGUCCCAAAUGGCCUGGCUGCGCUGUCGAAGCUGCCAGUUCUUGGCGGUGCUCAAAUCAUUGCUUUCUGUGGGCUGAUUGAGACUACUGGUUUCUUCCAAGCAGACUCCACCACUGGCGGACGAGGCCCGCGUGAGGGCAAGUUUUCCAUGAAGGAUUCGACAGAAAGUGGAGAACCCGGAAACUAUGGCGUCGGUUUCCCUACCUUCAUCGGGAAGGUAGAAGACCCAGAAGCUCGCAAAUCCAAGCUUGCAGCAGAGCUUGCAAACGGAAGACUGGCAAUGAUGGCAAUCAUUGGCAUGUUUUUCCAAGAUGGACUGACUGGUUCCGCUUGGGGAGAUUGGUCCCUCUACACCGCCUCCCCUCUGCGAGCUGCAGAAGAGGAAGCCGCCCCCCCACCGCCGCCUCCCUUCGACCCCCGCCUGGAAGUUGGGGUUCUGCCGCCCCUGGACUAUUUCGACCCUGCAGGUUUCUGCCCUACUGGCGAUGAGGAGAAUUUUAGAAAGCUCCGCGCUGCGGAGUUGAAGCAUGGCCGCGUGGCGAUGAUGGCCGCGCUGGGAGCUGCUGUUCAGCACUACGUGCAAUUCCCCGGCUUUGACGAAGUUCCAACUGGCCUCGGAGCUGUUACCACGGCGCCUGGUACCUACGGCUUCGCCGCACUCUUCCUGCUCAGCGGAGCGCUCGAGCUGGGACUGUGGACGGAGGACCCCAGCAAGGAGCCGGGCAACUUCGGCGACCCCUUGAACUUGGGUCAGUACGACAUUGACAUGAGGAACAAGGAGCUGAACAACGGCAGAUUUGCUAUGUUCUCGGCCAUCGGCAUUCUCGUUGCCGAGCUCUACACUGGCAAGGAUGGAAUCGAUCAAAUUGGCCUCGACACACCCACCAUUUGA